CUCUCCUUCCUCUCCUCCUUCACUUCCCGUCUCAUUAACACCAGCUCUGUCCAGCUCUUCUCAUCAUGGGGAACUUUGUUGCCAACGAGGGACUCUCCAUCUUUGUUAUUCUGGUGUGGCUGGGCAUCAACGCCUUCCUGUUUGCCCACUUCUACAUGGCCUUCCUGGUGAAGCGCUGGUAUUACACCAGAGUCCUGCUUGGGCAUGCCCUGCCCUGGGCCAGAGCUCCUGCUGCCUGCCUCAACUUCAACUGUAUGCUCAUCCUGUUGCCGGUCUGCCGCAACCUGCUGUCCAUCCUCCGAGGCUCCGUCCAGUACUGCAGCCGGACAGCAGCUCGGCAACUAGAUCGAAACCUGACUUUCCACAAACUAGUAGCCUACAUGAUCGCCUUCCACACAGCCGUGCACAUUGUUGCACACUUGUUCAACUUUGAGUUUUUCAUGGAUGCACAACUGAAUCGGAACAGCAGCUUCCUGCCCUUCAUCCUGUCGGAAAUCGGCAACGGGGACAACGCCUCCUUCCUCAACCCCAUAAGGUCCAACGAGACGAAUCCCACCAUCGUCAUGUUCACCACCAUCGCCGGGCUGACGGGCGUCGUCAUCACGCUGGCCCUCAUCCUCAUCAUCACCUCGUCCAUGGAGGUCAUCCGCAGAUCGUACUUCGAGGUCUUCUGGUACACUCACCAUCUCUUUGUCAUCUUCUUCAUCGGCCUGGUGUUUCACGGCUACGGACGCAUCGUGCGAGGACAGACGGUUGGCAGCCUGAUGACGAACGAGCCCGACGACUGUGCCAGCCACUUUGAGGACUGGGGGAAUAAUGGCUCCACCUGUGCCGUGCCGAUUUUUGCUGGAAACCCACCGAUGACGUGGAAGUGGGUGGUGGCUCCCAUGUUCCUCUAUCUGUGUGAGAGGCUUGUUCGUAUCUAUCGCUCUCAUCAGAAAGUGGUCAUCACCAAGGUGGUGAUGCACCCUUCCAAGACUCUGGAGCUGCAGAUGAAGAAGAAAGGCUUCAAGAUGGAGGUGGGACAGUACGUCUUCAUCCAGUGUCCGUCUGUGUCCAGGCUGGAAUGGCACCCCUUCACCCUGACCUCGGCCCCUGAGGAAGACUUCUUCACCGCCCACAUUCGCAUCGUCGGGGACUGGACUGAGGCACUGUACGAGGCCUGUGGAGGAGACAAAUCCGAGCCUCAGGAGGCCUGGAAACUGCCCAAGGUGGCCAUAGACGGCCCGUUCGGAACCGCCAGCGAGGACGUGUUUCGGUAUGAAGUGGUCAUGCUGGUCGGUGCGGGAAUUGGGGUGACUCCUUUUGCCUCCAUCCUGAAAUCUGUUUGGUACAAACACAUCCAGAAGAACCAGGAGGUGUUUACCAAGAAGAUCUACUUCUACUGGCUGUGUCCUGAGACUGAAGCCUUUGAGUGGUUUGCAGACCUGCUGCAGUCUCUGGAGCGUCAGAUGACGGAGAAGGACAUGCCAAACUUCCUCAGCUACAACAUCUACCUCACCCGCUGGAAGGAGACCGAGGCGGCUCAUUUCCGCGUCCACCACGAAGCAGAAAACGAUCCAAUCACCGGCCUCAAACAGAAGACUCUUUAUGGGAAACCAAACUGGGACAACGAGUUCACCAACAUAGCGUCGCAGCACCCCGGGACCAAAGUGGGAGUGUUCCUGUGUGGACCUCCUCAGCUGGGAAAAUCUCUGGAGAACCAGUGCAUCUCCCACUCCGCAGCCGGCGUCAAGUUCAUCUUCAACAAGGAAAACUUCUAGAGAAUAAAGAGUGGAGGAAGUUUCAGGCCCUCUUCAAGCCUGAGCUCUUCCUCCUCCUCCUCUUCCUCCUCCACCGCAGAGGUUGUGUAAAACUGUUGCUUAAGAAGUGAAGAAAAGCCCCGCUGUUUCCAGCUCCUUCUUCUUUUGUGUUGCACCAACUGCUUUUAAAGUGUCUCUUCCUGUUUUCCUCCCUCUCAACGUGUUGUUGAUCAUUAACCUCCAGCGAGGCGUGACGGCGGCGCUGAACAGCCUCCGCUGUGUGGCGGCAAAUAAAUAAAUAAAAAUAAAACUAAGAAUCAGAACAGGCUGCUCACUGUCUCUGCAUCCUGAAGUAACCGCUGUCUUCAUAAGUCCUGCAGGAGGCGGGGCUGCAGAGAGGCGACCAAUCACAGCUGCUCUCAGGUUUUACGGCGCCAUCAUCUUCACGUGGGUCUGACUCAGACACGGAGUGAAAUCAGAUGGAAUGCUCAGAGAAACUAGACUUAGCAUCUAAAUCUGCUCAGACUUGCUACACUUCAGCUUCACUGCCCUCAUCAGCUGAUCCUGUCGUCAUGGAGACUGUUGUUGUCUCCAUGACGACGUCAUUUGUUGUUGUUGUUGAAUUUCUUUUGAUGCUUAAAGUUAGAGAUGAAAGUUGGGAACUUUCUUAAUGUUAAUAAAGCAAAAUGAAUAAAAUGUUUUUAUUGUCUUCGUGUUUCUGGAAGAUUUUUCUGUCGCCACGUCUGCAGAUACGGAAUAAAGUUCAGUUCAAAAGUUCAAAGACAAAAAAA